AUGUCCUUGAACCGGAACAGUCAUGGAUUACCGUUUUUACCGGGAUACACUUUUCGGGAUGUGACGAAGUCAGCCUUCCAUCGCUCCCAGACGCUGCACUACAGGAAUGGCUACGCUCUCCCCCGUCGCCCCACUGUGGGCAUUGGACAGGAUCCUCUUUUAUCAGAUCAGCUGAUCCAGCAGGAGAUCAGUGAGUUGUCCCUUGAGACACCAGACAUUACUUAUGGCUCCUGUGACCGGAGCCUAGCCAAAGAAUUCAUCCCAGCUCACGUGGCCCUUGACAAGAAGGUGCUGCGCUACUAUGCAUACUUUGAGGAAAAUAUCCUGGACUCCCCUGAAGAGGAGUACCGCGUCCGCCCAGUGGUCAUUUACUACUACCUCGAGGACGACAGCAUGUACAUCACUGAGCCCAUGGUGGAGAAUUCUGGGAUACCACAGGGGAAACGGAUCAAACGCCAACGUCUGCCCAAGAAUGAACGUGGAGAGCAUUACCUGUGGAAAGACCUCAACCUUGGCAUGGACCUGGAGGUGUACGGGGUCAAGUACCACAUCACACAGUGCGACGCUUUUACAAAGAAAUUCAUGGAGAGUGAGGGCAUUAUUGUGAACGACGCCGAGCCCAUGCCUGUGGAUCCUUACAGCGAACGUCGCAAAAACCCUCAGCCUGUCUACAAAACACCCUCCGAAAGAGACUGCAUGCACCAGUUUCUCACCAUGGAUCGUAAGGUGCUGCAUUUCUUUGCCCUGUGGGACGACACUGACUCGCUGUACGGGGAGACCAGGCCUGUUUCCAUCCAGUAUUACCUGGUGGACGACACGGUGGAGAUCAGAGAGGUCCAUGAACCCAACAGUGGCCGGGAUCCCUUCCUGAUGCGCAGACAUAAGCUGCCCAAGAAAUUUAAACCACAGUAUGAGACUUUUCCCAGCUGCGAGCUGGAGGUUUCAGCAGAGGAAGUGGACGAGUAUUACUCCCCCAGAGACUUCCAGCUGGGCCAAACGAUAAAGCUGCUGGGCCGCCGCUUCCUGCUGUACGACUGCGAUGGCUUCACUAAAGGGUAUUACCAGCAGAACCACCCUGACAUGGAGAUGAAACCCAUAGAGGUACCAAAGAAGACCGCCACGCUUCAGGAGAGAAAGAAGGAGGUUCCUCCCUACAAUGGUUUUGGUUCACUUGAAGACUCCCUCCAGAAUUGUUUGUCUUUAAUUCCCGAGCCUCCCAAAAAGAAUGUGCUAAAGAUGUUAGGAAACAGCCACAUGGUGCUACGCUACACUGCCAGACUGGACUCCCAGAAUCCCCAGGAUGAGGGCCGACGUUUCAUACUGUCCUACUUCGUGUCCAAUGACAUGAUCAGUAUUUUUGAAAAGCCCACACGCAACUCGGGCAUCAUGGGUGGCAGGUUUCUGGAAAAGACACGCGUCCCCAAGCCGGGCUCUACAGUGGACAAUCCCGAGUUCUACUCACCUGCAGACUUUGCUAUUGGAGCCACUGUGGAGGUUUUCUGCCACCGCUUUGUGUUGACCGAUGCCGACCGCUUUGUGCUGACAUACCUGGAGUCCAUCUCAAGCCAGAUCCCUUGUGAGACACUGGAGUCUUUGCGGCAGAAGCUGGGUGUGGAGACGGCAAAUAAUCAGCCAUCUAACCAAAAUGGUGAUGGUGUAGCAGAGCCAUCUUCGUGA